CGAGCCGGGCAGCAGCACGCGGAGCAGCAGCAGCAGGAGGAGGGAGACGAGGAAGACGAUGUACUGGAGAAAAUAAAACAUCAGCAGGAGGAGGAGGGAGGAGAGGUGCUGGAGAAAAUAACACAUCAGCAGGAGGAGGAGGACGAGGGAGAUGCCGUCUCGCUCUCUGCCCACGCGUCCCGCCCGGAGAAAUUCCCAUUGCCGGGCGCGGUGAGAGUGAGGGGCGGGGUGGAGGAGGAGGAGGACAACAACUCUCCUCGGCGAAUCUCCUAGGCGACUCUGCACCCCCCAUGCGUCUCCAUCCUUCCCUCCUUCUGCGGGGAGCAGGAGGAGGAGGACGAGGACGACGAGGCGUGCCCUUCGUUCUCGCUCCUCCAUCGAUUUCGUCCACCCCCCCCUCCCCUCCUCCUCCACCCACGUUCCUCUGAUCUCUGACUCCUCCACCCUGCCAUCUCGUCCACCCUCUCGCCUCCUCCGCCUCGCCCUCUAACCUCCGGCCUCCUCCUCGACUCAUCUUGAGAUCCCUCGGCCGAGUCGAGACCAUGGGCACCUCCCUCUCGCUGUCCCCCUCGGGACCCGGCAAGGGGGUCCACGCGAAGCAAGGCGGCGGCGGUGGCGGCGGGGGUCCCAAGGGGAUCUCGGCGGCUCCCCAGCUCGGCAAGAAGCCCAAGGAGAAGGCCCUGAAGCGCCACUCCAUCUUCACGCCGGGCCAAGCCUGGAAGACGCUGGUCGCCGCCUCCACGCGCAAGAAGAACGCCAAGAAGGCGAACCCGGCCGCGAACCCGUGCGGCGUUGGCAGCAACAACAACAACAACGAGAACGGAGGAGCGCCGCUCCACAACAACUCCAUGCGGAUUGCCAACCACCACCACCACCAGCAGCAACAACACCAGCAACAACAACACCACCACCAACAACAACAACAGCAGCAGCAGCAGCCUCACGGCCAUCUCGUGCGACUGCCCCUGCCGCCACCGCAGUUGUUGGCAUCAUCGCUGCCCGCCUCGGCGUCCACCCUGCCCUCCUCCAAGAAGGGCAGCGGCCACGGCGGCUGCCCCUCGGCGGGGUCGUUGCCCAUCUCGGCCACUCCGCGACGCGUGGUCGUGCAGGCGUCCACGGCGGAGCUGCUCCGGUGUCUGGGCGAGUUCCUGUGCCGCCGCUGCUACCGCCUCAAGCAGCUGUCGCCCACCGAGCCGAGCCUGUGGCUCCGCGCGGUGGACCGCGCUCUGCUGUUGCAGGGAUGGCAGGAGCAGUGCUUCAUGACGCCCUCCAACGUCGUCUUCCUCUACCUGCUCUGCCGCGACUCGGUGGCCGAGUCGCUGGCCACCGAGUCUGAGCUGCGCGCCACGCUGCUCACCUGCCUCUACCUCUCCUACUCGUACAUGGGCAGCGAGAUCUCCUACCCGCUCAAGCCCUUCCUCGGCGAGGGGGGCAGCAGCGGCGGCGGCGGGGGGAGGCGCGACGACUUUUGGGAGCGGUGCCUCGGGGUGAUCUCCCGGUGCAGCGCGCAGAUGCUGCGCCUCAACUCGGAGCCGCACUUCUUCACGCAGCUCUUCGCCGAGCUGAAGGCCGAGGGGCUCCGCGCGGGUGGACUGUCCGCGCCCUGGACGCUCGUCCUCGAUCGGUAGCUCCGCUCUCUCGCUCGCUCGCUCGCACGCUGUCUCUCUCCUCUCUCUCGCACCCUGUCUCUAUCCUCUCUCUCUCGCACGCUGUCUCUCUCGCUCGCUGUCUCUCUCGCUCGCUGUCUCUGUCUCUCGCACCCUGUCUCUCUCCUUUCUCUCUGUCUCGCACGCUGUCUCUCUCGCUCGCUCUCGCACGCUGUCUCCUGUAAAAGUCUCCCAUGCUGUCUCUGUCUCUCGCAAGCUGUCUCCUCUCCCGCACGCUGUCUCUCUCUCGCACCCUGUCUGUCUCCUCUCUCUCGCACGCUGUCUCUCUCCUCUCACUCGCACGCUGCCAAUCUCACACGCUGUCUCUCUCUCGCACCCUGUCUCUCUCCCAC